GCCUUCGCCAGACCUCGCGGAUUACCCGAUGGUACGGCACCCUUCCGAUCCAUCAAGACUGGCUAUCAAGAGCAUCUACUAAUCGUCUUGAUUCGUAGAACACCGUCCCCAACAAGGUGAACCAGCUGUUCAUGGCCCAGCUGUUCCACGACCGCAAACAGCGCGAAGAGCGUCUCUCCACCCCGCGAGACCAGCGACACAAAGUCGCCAACGUCGACUACCUGCGGCCGAUCAUCGCCGACGCAGACACAGGCCACGGCGGUCUCACGGCCGUCAUGAAACUGACCAAGCUGUUUGUUGAGAGGGGAGCUGCGGGCAUCCAUAUCGAGGACCAGGCGCCGGGGACGAAGAAAUGUGGCCAUAUGGCGGGCAAGGUGUUGGUGCCUAUCAGCGAGCACAUCAACCGUCUUGUUGCCAUUCGUGCGCAGGCAGACAUAAUGGGAACCGAUCUUCUGGCUAUUGCGCGAACAGACUCCGAAGCCGCAACGCUGCUCACCUCGACCAUCGACCACCGCGACCACGCGUUCAUCAUCGGGAGCACGAACCCAUCGAUCCAGCCGUUGAACGAGCUGAUGGUUGCCGCAGAACAGGCCGGCAAGCACGGGGCCGAGCUCCAGGCCAUCGAAGACGAGUGGACCCGCCGCGCCGGUCUGAAGCUGUUCAGCGAGGCAGUCGUCGACACCAUCAUGCAGCAGCACGCCGCCGGCGCCGCCGGCGCCAGACACCAACAAGCCGAAGCCGACAAGGCGGCUGCUCUGGCCGCCCGCUUCCAGCGUGAUAUCCGGGGCAAGAGUAACGGCGAGGCACGCGCGCUGGCGAAACAGCUCACGGGCCUCGACAUCUACUGGGACUGGGACUCCCCACGCACACGAGAGGGAUACUAUCGGUACCAGGGCGGGACGCAAUGUGCCGUCAACCGCGCGGUGGCGUAUGCCCCCUUUGCAGACCUGAUCUGGAUGGAAAGCAAGCUGCCGGACUACGCGCAGGCCCGCGAGUUCGCUCAGGGCGUCCACGCCGUCUGGCCCCAGCAGAAGCUGGCGUAUAACCUUUCCCCCUCGUUCAACUGGAAGAAAGCCAUGCCGCGCGACGAGCAGGAAACAUAUAUCCACCGGUUAGGUCAGUUGGGUUACUGCUGGCAGUUCAUCACCCUCGCCGGUCUACACACCACCGCGCUCAUCUCCGACACCUUUGCGAGGGCGUAUGCGUCGCACGGCAUGCGCGCGUACGGCGAACUCGUCCAGGAACCGGAGAUGGACCAGGGCGUCGACGUCGUCACCCACCAGAAAUGGAGCGGUGCCAAUUACGUCGACGGUCUGUUGAAGAUGGUUACGGGGGGGGUCAGCAGUACCGCUGCCAUGGGCAAUGGUGUUACCGAAGAGCAGUUUAAAUAGUUUCUCAUUCUCAUAUUCAUAUUCUCAUUCUCCCAUUUCUUAAUUAUACAUAGCGUAUCUGACUGGCCAGACUGUAGGGAGUACAAGUAGACCAGUACGGUAAGACCUUAAUGGCUAUAUCUCAGCUUCAUCACUUCACCUUUCUUCACCUCUCUUCAGAUUAAUUUCCAGUGUUACCUGUCAGGUUGCACAAUGUCGAACCGAGGAGCAUUGCAUGUGC